CAUUUUAUUCGACGACCCACUGAGCUUUUGUUUCCCCACGCAACGUAAGCCAGUCGUACCAGUGGAAAACACGAAUGGCGCUGUCAUGUCGCGCUGUACGGCUCACGGAUUUCGCAUCUUUUUCGCUUCUGCCGUUGUUUUCUACGCCUUUUGCAGGGUUCAAGGAAACGUUUGUCCAAAACGUUGGUCGUAUUUAGCGGGCUACUGCUAUUUCUUCUCCAACAGUACUGCUACUUGGUCCAACGCUCGGCAACGCUGUAUAGAGACUGGGGCAGAUCUCGUGAAAGUAACUUCGGACGAGCAAAACGCUUUUGUCGCUUCACGUUAUUCGAGCUCACGUUGCUUGACGGAAGGAACCUGGAUAGGACUCCGUCGAAAUCCCAAGAAUUUGUCCCAAUGGGUGUGGCGGGAUGAUUUCAAUGUGAAGCCUCAGUACACAAAAUGGCACAGGAAGGAGCCAAUGAACGAACGUUUAGACAAAAACUGCACAGAAAUACACCCGAGUAAAAGUAUAUACUGGUAUGGAAGAGAGUGCUCUGCUCGAGGAUGCUAUAUUUGCGUAAAAGAUGCCAACGAGUGUAACAAUAAUAAUAUCUGUAGCGGCCAACGUUGUGCCAAUGUCCCUGGAAGUUAUAAAUGUUCUUGCGGGACAGGCUAUACAGCGACCAAAGAAAAACGAAAAUGUCAAGACAUUGACGAGUGUAAAGAUGAAAAUGGUGGAUGCCCUCAUUUCUGUGUUAAUACUCCUGGAAGUUACAUUUGUCAUUGUAGAGAUGGAUACGUGACUGAGAAUAAUGGCACAGUUUGUAGACCACCAGAAUUUUCGACGGCUAGAACCGAAAUUAAAAGUAGAGAAGAGACUAGAAUUACAAGCACAAAGGACACGAAUGACACAAAGCUAUUUACCAAGCCUCCUGCUGCUAAACCACCUGAUCCAGGAAUAGAACCCGAAAAACCUUCGCCAUUAACAAAGUUUGGAGUUCUAUUCACCAUGGCAAUCCCUCUAUGUUUCAUUGUAUGUUUCCUCGUCCUGUGUUAUAUCAAGGGACCUGGAAAGGAAAAGAAGGAGGGUGGAAUAUCAGGACGCCUGAUAGAGUCAGUGUCGCCCUUUUUAGACACUGCUUUUAUGGAGCCCUCGGAGAAAAAUGGGAAAUCAAAGAGGUCGACCGGUGUAUCAUUAUCCGAAGAAGAGCCUAUGGUAUAGAUGACGAUGUCAAAAAAACAUCAACGUGAAUGCUGUCAUGGAAGGACCUCUUUCACCUCAGGAAGUACAUCAUUAAGACUUUAACGUAUGAUGGAGAAUACUCGUACAAGCUCAGACAGACACAAACAUUAUAUUGUGAUGUUGGGAUAGGAGAAAAUUUUUUGUAAGGUUGAGUAGUAGUAAUAACGUCAUGAGCUACGAUUCGCCUUUAAAAGGUGUUAAUUUAUCAUUUUUUUCGCAAAAACCAAGAAAAGAAAAGAAAAGACAGAGAGACGAAGUAAAACCGUAAUCCACACUUCCAAUCACAUUUUUGGGACCCUGAUCUCCGUCUCAAAGUUAUUCUGUGAGAAACUAUUCACAUACUGGCAAUGGACAACCUUUAAAGGGGGGAGGGGAGGGAGAGCAGGAAGGGUGAGAGAACUGCGCCAGUGGUGUUCCAAAAGAGUUGUCACUGCCAGUAUGUGUGACAAUGAUAUGACUACUUAAUUUGAAAUGCUGGCAUUCUCUAACUGGGUUAAGAUGGAAAAAAUGGCAACAUCAAGCAAAUAUCAAAUACUUACUGUUCCUUUUGGGUAUUUUAUUGCAAUUAUGUGUACAACACUCAAAUAAGAGAUAAGCUAUAUGGAUGGAUAAAAAAAAAACAA